AUGAAAGAGCGUAUAAAAGUCCGAGGAAUAUUUACUCAAUCCGAAGCAAUUUGUAAGACAUUGAAAAUUAUAAUGUUUCCAUUCAAUGCUAACCUAAUUCCAUUAAGUAUUGUGGCAAUAACUUCGACUACAAAUCUUGGUGAGCUUGAUCCUUCAUUUAUGCAUUCACAAUUACUCAAAGAAAUUCUACUUGAUAUCUCACAUGGUGACGAAACAAAACAAGCUUUCGUCGAUUUCUGUCGCAUUCAAUACUGUGGCGACAGUAAACAAGAAGAAGCUAUCGAUCUGUUUGAAGAAUAUUAUUCUCAUCCAAUACCUAUUCACUGA